GAACAGCGAGUCUUCUGUUAUCCAGCAGCUACAUAGUGGCCCAGCAUGGUGUUCAUCCUUGACUCAUUCUAUACGUACAGGCUCGAUGUUCUUCAGGCCUUUGGAUUUGACGACAGCCCUUCGUCCGUCUUUGCUUCCCGAUGAGUCGUUACUCUUUGUCCAAGACGCAGUAGGCUUAUAUGAGGGAAAAUAUAAGAUUCCCAACUAUCAAAAUGGACAUGCAUAUUUGACGUCUCACCGUAUCUGCUACGUUGCAACUGAAAAUCCCCGCCAACACUCCGUCGCUAUCGAUUUGAAGGAUGUUGACCGCGCAGAAUAUCAGGCCGGUUUUCUCAAGUCCUCUGCCAAGAUCACUAUCUACCCCAAACCGCAAAAACAGAUAAUCAGACAAGAGAGUAUUACCUCGUCUGUUUCACAGGGUACUUCUACAGGUGCGCUGUCAGCACCGAAGCCGGUGAAUGCGACAUGGGUCUGUCCCAUCUGUUCGUUCUCAAACCCUGUUCCCUCUAACUUCGAUCCGGCGACGGCCACUGCUUCCACACCACUUCCUCCUUGUCUAGCAUGUGGUAUCAAACCACCGUUGACAGUUAUACUAAAGGCCACAAUUGCAGCCGCUACGAACAGAAAGCCGACUGAUAAUGUGGACGGGGUCUCAACACAGAGCUCUUCUGAGCGGCAGCAGAUUGGCUCUUCAACCGCAAACUUGCAAUCAGACACUAACGGCAGCUCAUUAUCUUGUCCGAGAUGUACAUUUAAAAACCAUCCGUCCUUGUUGGAGUGCGAGAUUUGUGGGGCAUAUCUUGUGUCGUUGGCACCAAAAGAUAAGCUUGCUACGGGUCCACGACGCGAGGAGUCUCCAGCGCCCAUGUUCAACCAGUCGAGUAUAACGAAUACUGAAAUCAGCGACUAUAUCAAACUUUCCUUUCGAGGCGGAGGCGAGAAGAUAUUCUAUGAGAGGUUGAGGGGGUGUCUAGUUCAACGGAAAUGGCUGCUUCAAAAUGCGCCUCAGAUACCCCAACCGUCGAGCUCUCCGGCCCCAGAAGCGACCUCAUCGCCUAUUCCCGGCCGGUCCAAUGAUACGACGCCGAAACCAACUGCCGUUGGUAUUGCAGGCUUAGAGAUGCGUGGCUUGGAAGCUCGGAAGAAUACUGAACUGGUAAUUGGAAAUGCCUUUGAGGAUUUGGAAGCAUUGAUGGCCUCUGCAAAGCAGAUUGUCUCGUUGGCAGAAACACUAGCCUCUGAGUCAGGAAUAGCCAACGGAGAAACAACUGAAGCCAGUACCGUCCUUUCCCAAUCCGCGGCUGCUCUGGGAAUGGUCACAACAAAGGACAUGCUGGGUUCCGGUGCGGAAAAUCUAUAUCUAUCCGAGUUAGCACGGAAUCUGGCCGAGUACUUGACAGAUGAUCGCAAAGGAGUCUUGCGCAAGGAAGGCGGGAUUAUCAGCCUUGUUGACCUCUGGGCUCUGUUCAACCGAGCUCGAAAUGGCGUUGAACUCGUUAGUCCAUCCGAUUUUGAGCAGGCUGCACGUUUAUGGGAGAAACUUAAGCUUCCUGUUCGUCUGCGUCGCUUCAAGAGUGGGCUUCUUGUAGUUCAAUCGAAUGAGUGGAGUGAUGAGAAAGUCAUCCAACAACUUGACAGGUGGCUUCAAGAUCUUCGAUAUCAAGUCCCUACUGAAGGUUUACCAUGGAAUUGGGAGAAAUAUAGCCGCGGAGUCACGGCGCAAGAAACUGCGCAACAUUUUGGUUGGAGUGUGGGUGUAGCUAUAGAAGAACUUGAGAUGGCUGAGGAUAAGGGAGCUUUGUGCAGGGAGGAAAGUAUUGAGGGAGUCCGGUUCUGGAGGAAUCUCUUCCUUACUGAGGAAAGUAAUGAUACUGGACUUGAACAGAGGAUAUCAUCCUUAGCAUUUUGAAUAUACACAUUUAACUGG